UAAUUGAUGUUGCACUAGGGCAGUAACAAAACUGUCGAAAGGCGGGUAAAAAUGAGGAAGUAACAAAAUGUAUUUCAAUGCUGUGGAGUGAUUUGAAUACUGUGGGUAAUCUGUUGGCCUAUCUGUCAUAUCUUCAUAGUGUAUAUUUUUGUGUUGCCUGUGUGUGUGUGUUGGUGCUUGUGCAGGUGACUCCAGGUGUUUCCUGUUCUCUGUGUUCCCCAGACUGAGAGUUCAUACAGCUACAGGUUACAACCAACACUUUAUGUACCUCAACCAGAAGCAGCAGACCAUGCCCAACGGACUGGGCAUGGGCGGCCAGCAUAGUUACUUUGGGCUGUGGUUGGAUAGUGAUUUUGGACAUGGUCACAGCCGUGCAUGGCCAAAAUGUACUACCUUUGGAAGCCCUCAACUCUCGGGGGACGAGGACUUUAUUUUGGAUUCAAUGGAAGUAUGGGCAGUUGGAAAGCCCCAUGAGCCGGAGGAGGUUGACGAAAGUGAGGGUAAGGGGAGUGUCUUGGACAGGGAUCCAGAGGUCCAGGCCAUCAUGGAGAUGACGGGCAAGAAAUUACAUAGCCAGGGUCUCAGGGAGCCGGAUGAGGACCAGAAGCACUAAAGGUCACCCUGCUGUCACUUUGUCUGGGCCCAUGGAAGAUCUGAUGGGGAUGCAAAUCAGAAAUUUGCCAUCAUCUACAGUAUUUUAAGCGACUUUUAAACAGUGAUUUUACGUCUUCCCAGCCUGUUAUUGUAAUUCAUGACAUUGUGUUGUACACCAGUUAAUCAAAGACUGACAUUGUAUCUUGUAUGUACAAUCUAAAUACAGUCAUACAAACAAACUUCCAAUCGCAUUUCUCACAGAGGACACUUUUAUGUCUGAUUAACAUGCCAAAAACGUUUCACUGUAUGUAUGAGAUGUAUAGUAUUUAUUGUAUUGGAUCGUCCCUUAA